AUGAUUGUUAGUGCCGAAAGUUUAUUGGAAAGGUGUAACGAAAGUUUCAGAAAUGAUCCAGAGACUGUAAGGAGUGUAUAUUUUGCACAUGUUGUGACUCGAACAUAUUCUUUAGCGGGUUUUUCAGAUGAUGAAUAUAUCGGAAAUCCCUUCGAUAUUUUGCAAACUCAAACCUAUCUCUAUUCACAUCGGUCAAUUGUUGAAAAUUUGAGAAAUGACCCUAUUUUCAUUUUGGAUUGUGUAAAGAAAUUUGGAAGAGUUUUGGCAUUUCUUGAUUUGAAAUACAGAUCUGAUAGAAAUUAUGUGCUGGAAGCUAUUAGACAGAUAGAUGGUGGAACUUAUUGUUAUCACAAAGGAUUAUUGAGAUUCGCCUCUGAGGAGUUAAGAAAUGACAGAGAAAUUGUUAAGGUGGCUGUGCAAAACUGGGCCUCAUGUUUCCAAUUUGCAUCAGAUAAUCUCAGAAGGGAUGAAGAGGUAAUUCGUGAACUCAUUUCAAUUUCAUCAGGAAAUGUUUUAGAGUAUGCUGAAGAAAGUAUUUUGAAAAAUGUAGAACUUGUACUCUUUGGAUUGGAAUCGGAUGCUGGUUGUUUUGAAUUAUUUGAUCAGAGUUUACAAAAUGAUAGAGAUUUUAUACUAAGAUGUGCAAAAAUCAAUGGUAACAUACAAGUUCCAGAUAUGUUUUCUAGUGAUAGAGAAAUUAUGAAAACUCUAUUAGAAACUUGUUUGAGGAAUCGCCAAAGUGAGAAUGAUAUUUUUUACACAAUUGAUGAAUCUCUGUUUAUGGACAUUGAAUUUGUUAAGGAGCUAGUUGAUCUUUAUGAAAUAUAUCCAGACACUCAUUUUCCAACAAGGUUAUGCAAAUUUAUUAAUGAAGAAAUAAUUUGGAAAAUAAUUCAACAAUCUGCAAAAAAGGGGCUAAUGAGAUAUGAAAUUCGUGAGAUAUCUGAUGUUUGGAAAGAUCCAUUGUUUGUGAAAAAGGUUCUCGAUCUUGGAAUUAAAUUAUCACGAGUUGAUUAUACAGCAUUCGCUGACGAUUUGAAAUUAAGGAUAUGGAAAGACGAAACCAAUAUUUAUUCGUUUCCAUUCAAAAAGAGCAGUAUGGAAUUUCAAAGACAAGCUGUCAAGCUCAAACCUGAAUGUAUUUACGGUUCCUACUAUUUUCAAACAAUUUGUGGAUAUAGUGAAGAUCGAGAAGAAUUGUUGAGGUUGAGAGCAAACAGAUUGGAAUAUUUACAAUUCCACCUCCCAAAAAGAUUUGAUACUUGGUGA